AUGUCAACAGGUACUUCAGAACGCUGGAUCAUCUGCACAUCAGCUGACCUUCAACACCUCCCGCAUGACCUAUUGAUCCUUCCAUGUCACAGAUUGCACGUGCUGAUGGUCCUUCCAGGUCUGUGGCGUUGUCUGAAACGCCCAUUCCAAGUCGCCUUCGGUAGUGCAUCACCGGGAGUCGAUGAAGAUGAUGCAAACAAUUGUGCAGCAACACAGUUCUCUUGGGAAGACAGUGUUGACACUUCCGAUGUUUCAGCAUCCAAACGAGUGUGUCUGAGUUCAACCACAGAAAAUGAGCCCCUUACUCUUUCCGACAUAAAUUUCGCCUCGCUCCUUCCCCUUAAACAGCUUCUCACUUGUAACGUGUGUUUUGACUUUGCAAAACAAGCAAAUCAGUGCGCUAACGGCCAUCUCAUCUGCCUUCCAUGUUCUGCAAGAUUGGAGCAAGUGUCAUUUUCAGCAAAUGACAGCAAAACCUCCUGCACCUGUCCUAUUUGUCGUGUGUCUUUGCGAAACUCCAGCGAUGGUCGAGGAAUGCAACGGUGUCUCCUGGCAGAAAAAUUGGCUGCGGAACUGCCUGUCAAUUGUCGUUACUGUGGAAUUCUGCGUCCCCGAAAACUCAUCGAUAUUCACCAGCGAGUGCAGUGCAGUCUUCGGCUAAUUAGAUGCCGAAAUGCCUGGUUGGGUUGUGAGUGGAGAGGUUUUUCCCGAGAAAUAGAAAACCAUAUGGAAAAUUGCCGAAUCCUUGAACAAACGUCCUCAAAUCUAGUUAAAGAGAUGUAUCGCAGAAUGCAGGGCAUCUUCUCAGGCGCUGCUGUUCGUCUUCAUCCUUGGCGAGGUCUCCUGCAGAUUCUAGAGAAUCGACAACAACUGCGAUUCGGACGACGUUUUCACAGUGGCUUUCGUGUUGUUCUGCUUCCCAUUAGUUUAGAUCGGGUGCAUGGAGAAGGAAAUGAUGUAUUGUUUAGUAGCCCCCCGCUGAAUAUUGAAAUCCAUCAGAAUGGACCCACCCCUACUUCCUCAUCGGCAUCCUCAGAAGUUUCCUACAAGAUUGAGAUCAAAAAGUCAAAAACUCGCCUAUACUUUCUCAGAUCGGACAAUGAAGAGAGCCUUGCAGGUCAUCCAAUUUACUUCUCCCUUGUCAGUCUCAAAUGCGAGUCCUCACACGGAUAUGAGGAGAGUGUCGAUCUCAUUGAUCCCUGGCAUCGCUACAUAGACGGACCGUGCACUACUCUGAACGAUACAAACGAGGACGUAUCGAAUGCAACAGAAACCAAUGCCACUAAUACUACUGUCAUAUCCGCCGCUGCCGCUACCUCAACUUUCAGUCAAAAUACAUACCGGAUAUCAACUCUGCCAGAAACAAAGCUGAAUCACCUUUUGGGCAGUGGCAUUAGUAGCUCCGAGUAUAUGGAAUGGAUUGCACCUGAAGUUUUGUCAACCAGAGAUUGUGUCCACGCUGUCCUAAUUUUUGCCCUCGAUCCAAUACUCUUCAGCAGAAAGGCCAGUAAAUCAGUCCGAACAGCAAUGAGGAGGCGAAGGCGUCCGCAUCGGAACGAAAGUCAGAGAGAACAAGGCGAAGGCAGCACGGAGACGACUGCUUCUUCCACAGACGAGGACGAAGAGGAGGACGGUGGGAUGGAAGAUGAGGAAGCCGAAGGAACGAACAAUGAUGAUGGUGACGAUGGUGAUGAUGAUGGUGAGACCAUAUACAUCCUCGCAGAAAGUGUGCGUGCGAGUCGGGAAAAUGCUGCAGUGGGAGGCGAGUCCAACGCCUCUACAGAGCCAGCAGUAUCAUCAGAAAUCGAGAGCUAA